UAAAAUUAACGUUUAAUUAAUGUAAUUUCCAUUGAAAGGUUUGUAUUCUUCUGUCUUAUGUUCGCUUUUACUUGAAUCAAAUUUGAAGAUUUACUUGGGAAUCGAGAAGCUAAUUUAUUGUUACAGUUUAAUUGUGAUUAGUUUUCUUCUUGUUCUCUCUCUUUAAUUUACUUUGAGAAUUAAUCAUUUUGUUUUUCCAUUUAGCUUCCUAAUUGUGAUCUUUUGAUUGUGGAAAACAAAAAAGUGAACCUGUAUUACUUUCCUUGGUUCGAGUUAUUGUUUUAAUAUUUUCUCAUCAAAUUGAGAAACUUAAAUUAAUUAUAAGACUCAAGUGAAUUUAUAUUGUUUUGAAAUUUUUUCUUCUCCUGAUUAUCUAAGUGCAACUCUAAUCAACAAAGCAAAUUGCUCAAUAUUUACCGGAUUAUGUGAAAUGUUUCAACAAUAGAAGAGCAAAAAAAAGGUCAACCCAACGGUGAAAAGAUGGAUUUUGAAAAGAAUCGGUUAAAACAAUGGAAACUUUGAUUCUAACCAAAAGCUACUUGUUUUAAUUGUUACCUGGACUCACUUUCUCAAUGAAUUGAAAGGAUUCGUAAAUUAAUUAGAUCAAAAUAACAAUUUACUUUACAAUUAAUUUUAUCCCUUUAAACAAAAAUUGAAGAUUUAAAAACAAAUCAAGUGAUUCCAUCGGUAAUUGUGCUUAUUAUUAGAAUCAAAUUGGUCAAAUGGAACUUGUCUCUUUGUCUCUGAUCAUCUUAAUUAAAUUUAGAUCAUAAUAAGUUAUAGUCAACAAUCAACUAUAAUGAUGAUAACAAUUCAAGGAUAAUAAUUAUCAAUGAUAAAAACAUUACAACAAUAACUAAAAUCUUACAGAGAAGGAAAUUUUCAUCUUGAUAUUUUGAAACUGGUUCUCUUCAUGUUUAUAAUUGUUGAUGGUUUUUUCUCUCUUCACCAUAGCUGUUUAAUUGCCAUCUUCAAACCGUAAUUGAAAUUAACAAUCUGAUCGGAAAGUUUAAUUAGUCCAUGUGAACUCAAAGUUAACCAAUUUGCUCAUUUGUCAACACUCAUACUCAUCCAAACGAUAUCACCGAGACCUUUAUUAAUUGUUAUUGUUGAAUUUCAUCAUUUAAAAUUCAAGUUUCAUUUUAAUUGUUAUUUAUUCUUAUACAAUAACCAAUAGUCUUGUUUUGAUUAUGUCAACAAUUAUCCCCAAAGUGACUAAAUUAUCAGAAAGAGUGAUUCGUAUUCUCGGUUGUAAUCCCGGUCCAUUUACCCUUCAAGGAACCAACACUUACCUAAUUGGAACUGGAAAGGAAAGGAUUUUAAUUGAUACUGGUGAUAAGGAUAAUCAAGAAUAUAUUAACCUACUUAAAGAUGUUCUCAACUCUAAUCAACUUAAAUUGUCCAACAUAAUUAUCACUCAUUGGCAUCCUGAUCACAUUGGUGGUAUACUCAAUGUUCUUGGUCUAACCGAACCCUCAUCAGAUUGUAAAGUUUUUAAAUUUAAAAACGAUAAACGUGACAUUCGUAACGAUAGGAUUUCCUAUGAGUAUUUAGUAGAUGAACAAAAAAUUGAAGUUGAUGGACUAACAACAUUAAGAGUUUAUCAUACCCCAGGUCAUGCUGAUGAUCAUGCAGUUCUACUAUUAGAUGAAGAAAAUACUGUUUUCGCUGGAGAUUGUGUUCUUGGUGAAGGAAGUACUAUAUUUGAAGAUCUCAGUGAUUAUUUGAAAUCAUUGGAAAAAAUUUCAUCACUUAAUCCUGUCAAAAUUUACCCUGGUCAUGGUUCUGAAGUUUUAAAUCCAAAGGAAAAAAUUAAAGACUUGAUCGGUCGUCGUAUGAAUCGAGAACGACAAAUAUUAGCUUGCAUCCAAUCUGUUGGCUCUCUAGGAAUCACAAUUGGUGAAAUUGUUUCCAUUAUUUUCAAGGAUAAGCCCAAGGAACUUUAUCCCGCUGCUGCUUUUACCGUUACUCAUCAUUUACAAAAAUUACUGAAAGAUCAAGCAGUUGAAACUGAUGAUUUAGCUGAUCAAGCUCAUUAUUGGAUUAAAGGUGAUCGUAAUCAAUGUUUAAAAGGACUUUAAAAAUAUUGAACAAUUCAAAUUGUUACUUAGAUAAUUCCAAUUUUCCAUCUCUUAGAAUCAAAUUUAAUAUUCGUUAUUAAUUAUUGAAAAUUUUGUUUUCUCUUAAAUUCUGUUAAAUUAUUGCAAUUGAUUAACUUUCCAAUAUUUACAAUUUAUUUUCUUCCUGUUAAAUUCAAUUCAAUACUUUUAAAAAUUAAGAUUAACAUAAAAACCAUUUUUCGUUAUUAAAAUAAUACAAUAAUAAUAAUUAUGGUUAAUAGAUAUAUUUUUCUGGCGAUAAAAUGAGAUUAAAAUUGAUUGUUAAAAUAAUGAAUUUCGAUGAUUAAACGUAUCGAACUUUAUCCAAUAAA